GAUGCGCAACACUUCAUCGUUCGCCAGAUUCUCGCUGACAGUAUUGCGGUCGAAUGUUCCCGCGAACAGGUAUAGGAGUACGACCGUUCUGUCUGACGAAAAGUUGCAAGAAACUGCCGACACUGAGUGGAAAAUUGCGAAACCUUACAAUCUGAUACCCGGACCAGAGCCACUUCCGGUUCUCGGAAAUAUCCCGAAGUUUAUUCCGAUCGUCGGUAAGUAGUGUUUCGACGAAUUUUGCUUCUAAUGAAAAAUCCUAGCCUCAACAUUCUGUGAGUUCAAGGUGAAUACGGAAAGCUGCCGAUGUUGAAGAUGGUGGAUCGACUGCGUAAGAACUACGGUGACAUUGUCAGGCUCGAAGGGAUUCCGGGUCGACGACGCUGCGUUUUCCUUUUCGAUCCGAACGACUGUGAGAAGGUUUACCGGACGGAAGGUCCUUGGCCCUCCAGGAUUUCGAUGGAGACGAUUAAGCUGUAUCGAGAGCAGAGACACGAUGUGUACAAGGGUGAAUCGGGACUUGUGUCAAGUCAGGGUGAAGAAUGGCAUCGGUUUCGUUCGAAAGUUAAUCAACAUUUAAUGCAGCCGAGAACAAUCUUGCCUCACAUUGGUCCAAUCAACGAAGUAGCGACCGAUUUCAUUGAGAGAAUUCGCAGUUUUCGAAAUUCCGAAUCCCUCGAGAUGCCAGCUUCUUUUAACAACGAGAUGAACAAGUGGGCUCUGGAAUCUAUGUGCGUAAUUGCUUUCGAUCAUCGCAUAGGAUGCCUCGAGCCCAAUAUGAAAACAGAUUCCGAACCCCAACUGCUCAUCAAUAAUGUCCACAGUAUGUUCGACCUCAUGUACAAGCUCGAGAUUCUACCGUCCCUCUGGAAGCUUUACAAUACCCAAAACUUGAGAAAGUUUUUCCAAGUUUUGGACAACUUGACGAGAAUAACUGGCAAAUACGUUGACCAAGCGAAGCAACGGCUUGCCGAGAAGCCAAUGGAGAACAUUGGAGACAGAAGUAUGCUGGAGAGACUGAUCAGCGUCGAUGAGCACACAACCACUGUGAUGAUAAUGGACAUGUUGACAGCCGGAGUAGACACCACGAGCAACACUGCGACGGGAGCGCUGUACCACAUAGCGACGAAUAGUAACGUUCAGGAAAAAUUACGGGAAGAAGCCAUCAAUGUUCUGCCCAAUAAAACUUCUCCCGUGACUUUAGACGUCCUUAAUAAUAUUCCAUACCUGAAGGCUGUACUCAAAGAAAGUUUGAGACUGAUGCCAAUCGCUGUUGGUAACUUGAGGACAACAAACACAGACAUUGUAAUUCGUGGCUACAGGAUCCCCAAGGGUGAUGACUUGAUCAUGUGUCACUCGCUGAUGAGCAAAGACUCCAAGUAUUUUCCGGACCCAGAGAAAUUCCUUCCGGAAAGAUGGCUGAAGGAUUCUGCUGGCACAACCCACUCGGCCAAGAACGCUCAUCCCUUCGCCUACAUGCCGUUUGGUUUUGGCCCCCGAACCUGCAUUGGAAGGCGUUUUGCUCAACUUGAAAUGGAAACGCUACUGAUCAAGAUAAUAAGGAACUUUCGCCUGGAAUGGAACCGAGGAAAACUCAAGCUCAGAAGUGGAUUCAUAAACACUGUCGAGUCACCGUUUCAGAUAAAAAUGAUUGACAUUUAGGCAUGUCUAUAAGCCUGUUAUUCGCUCGUUAUGCACGACGCCAGUAAUUGAAAGAGCAGAAGUGUAUCAAGUGUUUGGUAAUCUAGAAUCUAAAUAUGCGUUGUAAAAUACUGCUCAACAGAUAACUAGUUUGAUUGGCAAUUACUGCAACGAUAAUACACUGCAUAAGUGAAAUCUGUACGAAAAUUCUGAUCAGUGUGAGCAGCGAAGUG